UGGGAGUGACAUCAACAUGGAACACCAUCGAUAAGCCUUGGAGUAUUUAUGAUUCUCGUCCCCUCUCUGUCCAACAGGCCACCACCCAGCUAGCUUUUGCAGCCACGAGCCUUUAAAUCAUAAUUCCAUAAUCAUUCGAUAGCCGCGCGCACAACAUGUCGGAACAAAGCGUGACGGAGUUCAUCUACUUCCACGUCAAGGACAGCGUCCGACCCGAGGACCCCGCCCACAGCGACGAGGGCGCCGCUCUCCUGCAGGUCUUCCAGAACACCAAGCACCAGAACGGAUACAAGGGGUCCGUCUGGGGCCGCGCCGUCGAGGAUGCGAGUUUGAUCGUUUGGGCGAUUGACUGGAACGACGCGCACACCGGCGCAAACCCGACCACGACCCUCGCCCCCUUCCUCCCAUCGGACAACCCCGAAAUCACCACCAUCUUCGCCACCCUCACCCCUUCCACCACCACCACCCCCGCCUCCUCUUCCGAGAACAACAAAAACCCAACCACCACCGAAACCCUCCGCAGCAACCCUACCACCGAACUCUGGACCCCCGCGUUCCCGACCUCCCUCACCCCGGAGGAAGUCAACGCCGUGCACGCCGACCUGAUCGGCCUGCGCGCCGCCGUGACGGAGCGCCUCCCCGAAGGCGAACGGGCGGUGUCCUUUGCGAUGGGCCAGGUGGAGCGGCCGGGGACGAUGACGCACGAGCAGAGCGAGACCGGCGAGGCGUUCGUGGUGGUCGUGGCGGCCGGGUGGGCCAGCGUCGAGGUGCAUCUGGCGGGCAAGGAGACGGAGGCGUUCCAGACGGCCAUCGGAAAGGUCAGGGGCCGGUUGUUGGCGCCGGUCAGGGGGUUGGGGGGGUUGAAGCAUUUUGAGUUCGCGGGGGUUGAGUGAACUAACUCGGUGGGUUUGGGGAGUCGAGGUGGGAUUGGGGGAGAUGGGAUGGGAAGGUUUAGGAGGGCAUAAGCUAGGUGUUCAUGUGUGGCUUAGGUA